AUGAGCUUCUUCCGCAAGCGAGGCUACACGCGAACAUAUCGCCCCGCUAUUCCAGCGAUCCAUUUGGUUUUCGGUGGGAUGGGUCUCCGCGCCGGAGGCUAA